AUGGCUCCUGUACCAGAGAACAACAACAAGGACGCACCUUCCCGUGACGAUUCUGAAAACUUCUUUAAUCCAGAUUUAACCAUUCCAGUUGGCAGUUCAGAUUCUGAUGACAGCGACCUUGAUGGCGAAGAAAACAUAGGAGCUCCUGGUGGCUAUUCUUUAUUACCCCAAGAACCUGAUGAGAAUGGGUUCGAAUCAGAUGACAGUUUUGUUUAUAGCACAGAAAAUAUUGAUGAUCCCAGCCAUGCUGCAUCAUUCCGAGCAGAGACUUCAGCUGGUCUUGCAGAUUCUACUGUUAACACACUGACAGAAUCUGUUCUGUUGACAGAAGAAGGAGCAGUAGCCCCAACAGUGCCUGCGUCAACCAGUACGAGCCAUCCAGCAUUUAUAGCUAAAUUCCCAUAUGGAAAAAUUCCUUCAUAUAUGCAGGUCAGCUUUGUUCCUAGGGCAGCCAGGGAGAAAGAGGAACAGCUGUGGAACCAGCACAGACAAGAAGCCAGUAAGUCAACUCUAGAUCCAGUUGAGGAAUCAAGUAUUCUAAAAGCGAUGUCCCACUUCUCCCUUCCAACGGAAAACAUUCCCGACUGGGCCAGAGAUUUGAGCGACGAUCAGUGGCAGCAACAAAUUGUCAGCCGUAUUAGCAAAAUUUCUGACACUGCUGAACGUUCUACAACUGCCCGACCUUUGACAUCGCCAGAUUUCAUUGAAAAAAGUACAGACACCAAAACUGCUGCCUUGGCAGCUGAUGAUACAUGGGUUGCUGAAUUUGCUGAGGAUACAAAUAGCACAGACAGAAAGUAG